AUGAGUCUAUGUUCCGACUUCCGGCCAGGAGCAAAAACAUCGCGAGGGCUGCACCGCUCGCUUUCCGCGAGACAUCGGAAGUCAAUCGGCAACAUACAUCGGGAUACGGACGAUCCAUUAGAAUCCGGUGAUUUUUGGGCGCCCCAGUCGAAGGUGUUCCCGUCUUUCGACAACACGACGGCAAGAAAUAUCACCACUCAGUUAGGCCAGACCGCUUAUCUUCAUUGCAUGGUCAACAACCUCGGGGACAAAACGGUACUGUGGAUCCGGCGGAAAGAUGGACACGUUUUGACGGUGGGCAUGGACACUUUCACCGCCGACGACCGCUUCCAAACGAUGCACGUAGAUAAUCACGACUGGGCGCUCCAGAUAAAGUACGUGCAAACAAGCGACGCCGGCGUAUACGAGUGCCAAGUAUCUUCGGACCCGAAGAUUUCCUAUUUUGUCAAUUUAACCGUCCUAGUGGCCAAGGCCCGCAUCGAGGGAGGGCCCGAGAUGUUCAUCCGAACAGGCAGCGCAAUCAAUCUGACGUGCACCAUUAGCGAGAGCGCCGAAGCGCCUGCGUUCGUGUUUUGGUACCACAACGAAAAAAUGAUCAACUACAUGCCCCAGAAAGGCGACACAACGCUACAGAAAACCAGCGCCGACACCACGGUCAGUCGGCUGUAUAUUCGGCGAGCGCUGGUCAUCGAUUCGGGCAACUAUACGUGUGGUCCGGCCAACGCCGAGCCAGUCAGUAUAUCGGUUCACGUCGUAGCCGGGGAAAAACCGGCGGCUAUGCAGCACGACGCGAGUCCCGGUCUGAGUUCAGUGUGCCCACCGAACGUGGGUUGCUCCAACUGGACCAUUAUCGUGUUUCUCUUCAUUAGCUACUUGAUAGUGAAACGUCACAGGUGA